UAAAGAGGCAUCGCCUACCUACCUAGUCAUAAUUCAUUUGCCAAAAAAAGAUUAAGAACGUAUCAUUUGUAAGCACACACAACUAGGCUGGGUACGGUCGAAGUUAGGUGGUGCAACGCAGCCUAAGCGUUUUUUAAUUCAGUACACCGUUGAACUACUAAAAUGACGGACGCGCGUGAAAUUUUCCUAAGAAACAUAUUACAAACGAUUGCUGUCGACCAAAAAUAUGAAGAUGCUGACAUAGAAACUUCAAUUAAACCCACAACCGGCUCCAACUUCACUUCUCGUCUCUUCAAUGGGACUAUCAAAUCAAAAGGCAAAGAACCCAUCAAAAUAUUCGCGAAAGUGGCUAUCAUCUCCGAAUUAUUCCGAGAACAAGUCAAAACUAGAAUCUUCGACAUCGAAAGGACAUUCUACACGAAGCUGGCAAAGUCGUACAGAGAAAUAGAAGAACGGCAUAAUGUUCCAGAAGAAUAUAGACUGGUCAUUCCCAAGUAUUACGGAGGCAACGACGCAUAUUUGAAAGAGGUGAUAGUGCUGCAGGAUUUGUAUAUAGACGGUUUUGAUACAUACGACAGGUUUAGGCCAAUUGACUGGGACUACGCGUCGAAAGCUGUUGAGGAACUAGCGAAGCUCCAUGCUUUAUCAAUUGCAUUUCAAAUUGAAUAUCCGGAUGAUUACGAAGAAUAUUCCAAAGUGUUAAAAAGAGAAAAAAUGGAGGAAGACUCGAUCAUAGCAGUAACAAUGAAACAAAUGGUGAGCAAGACAAUCAAGAUGAUACGAGAGGAGAAUAGAGAGAAAGUGGAGAGAUUCUUCGACUCGUUCAGUAUGGAGGAGACCCAAAAGUUUUAUGAACCGCUGAAGAAGCCGGUUAUCGUGCACAGUGACUUCAAGCAGAACAAUCUGAUGCAUAAGUUCGAUGAGGACGGCAAACUCCAGAUAGUGAUCGUAGACUACCAGUCCUUGCAUCCAGGAUCUGCUGCCAACGAUUUGCUGUAUUUCAUCUUUACGGGGUCAGACGGGGCGUUCCGAGCCAAGUACUUCGACCGGUUUGUUGACCACUACUACGAGCAUAUGGCUGCUGCGUUACGGAGGCUGGACUUGGACCCUGAGGAGGCUUUUCCGAGGGAUAUCUUUGAUGAGGAGUUGAAAGAGAUGCUGCCCUUCGCCCUGAUGGUCUCCGGAAUGAUGCUGCCCAUGAUUUUCAAAGAUGAAGAGCAGUUCGGCAAUGUAGACGGUGGCGUGCUGAAAAACAUUGAUGACUUCGAGGGCAUAUCGGAUCUAAUGACCAGGGCCAACCAAUUCGCUGUGCAGAGAUUGAAUGAGAUUGUGGAUGAUUACGUCAGAUGGGGGGUGUUAUAGUCAGAGUGCCCCCUCCCCCUGAAUCAGAGUGCCCGUCCCUGGAUCAAACUAUCUCUCACCCUUGAUCAAUCUACCUCCUACCCUUGGAUCAAACUCCCUCCUCCUAGAUUAUACUGCCCUACACCAAAAUCAGAAUUCUCCUCACCCACUUAGGUCAGACUGCCACCUAAAACCCGGUCUCCGAUCACGUAGAAUUUUGUCCAAUGACCCCAAGCUACCCAUCCUUAUCGCUCGCGCGUAAUUAUAUUGCUGUUGCGCUCGCACACUCACUGCGGGCGCCCGUCGCACAGUCGCGACAGCAAUAUAAAUACGCGCGACUAUAGGUAAAACUGCCUGUCUGGAUCAGAAUCCCCCUGGAUCAGAGUGUCCCUCAUCUAGAUAAGACUGUAAGGUGUAAAAGUGUAGAACUUUUCAUUAUUAGGAAUUGUCCUAAUUUAAAACUAUACGCAUGAACAAUAGGCUGUCCAUGAUCCUGAUAGAACAGGAGCACUUCGCCCGUGUAGACGGUGGCGUGCUGAAAAACGUUGAACACUUCGAGAGAAUGGCGGAUCACAGAGGUUGAAUGAGAUUGUAGACGAUUACGACAGAUGAGGGUGUUAUAGUCAGAUUUUCCCUCUGUUUGAAUCAGAUUGCAUCUAGAUUGGACUCCCCAUCUGGAUCAGACUCCCCCCUGUAUCAACUGCUCCCCAGUUUCACUUCUCCAUGGGUCAAUCUGCCCUCCCACUUUCUCCCUUUCCUUUGAAUCUGACUCCCCCCUAUUACUGCCCCCCCUCCCCCUGGUUCAACUACCCCCAGUUUCACUUCCACCUGGGGAGCCCCUGUAUCAAUUUAGAAUCUUUCAAUAUAAUUUGUUCUUGAUUAAAACUAAUUAACUGUGUAUUAUACCUAAAAUGUAAAUAGUGCGUGCGAGAAGUUAAC